AUGAGAUUUCUUGUAUUCAUUACAAUUAUUACAUGGUUGAAAACUGUAUCAACUGCUCAUAUUCCUGCACCACUUGCUGAUCCAAGUAGAGAUGAGUUUUAUACUCCAUCUCCAGGUUUUGAAUACGCUACUCCAGGAACUAUUUUAAAAAUCCGUCCAACUCCUCGUGCUGUUCGUAAUUUAUUAUUCUUUCAUGUUCCUUUAAAAAACUCUUGGCAAUUGUUGGUUAGAUCUCAAGAUUCUUUUGGUGAACCUAAUGCUAUAGUUACUACAAUUCUUGAACCUAUGAAUUCAAAUCCUUCAAAAAUUUUAUCUUAUCAAACUUUUGAAGAUUCAACUUCAUUAAAAUGCGCUACCAGUUAUAAUUAUCAAGUUGGUAUUCCACCAUUUGGAAAUGUUGCUACCCAAUUUGAAAUGAAAUUUAUAAUUCCUGCUUUAAAUAAAGGAUAUUUUGUAAUUAGUCCUGAUUAUGAAGGACCAAGAGGUGCAUUUACUGUUGGUGCACAAGCAGCACAUGCAGUAUUGGAUUCUAUUCGUGCUGUAUUGAAUUCUGGGUCUAUAACUUCUAUUGAUCCAGAUGCUAAAGUUGCAAUGUGGGGUUAUUCUGGAGGAUCCUUAGCAUCAAGUUGGGCAGCUGUAAUGCAACCUGAAUAUGCACCUGAAUUAUCAAAUAAUUUAAUAGGUGCUGCCUUGGGAGGAUUUGUUACUAAUAUAACUGCUGUUGCUGAAUAUUCUGAUAGAACUCCACUUUCUGGUCUUGUUCCAGUAGCACUUAAUGGAUUAGCCAAUGAAUAUCCAUUGGUUAGACAAUUGCUUAAUCAAGAAAUAAGUCCUAAAAAAAAUGCAAGUUUUCAUCGUGGAGUUCAAAAAUGUUUUCUUCCUGCUAUAGCUUAUUUUAGAGGAAGAACUAUUCUUGGUAGAAAUAAUGAAAAGAAAGCAAUGUUUCCUAAUGGAUGGCAUUUACUUGAUAAUCCUGAUUUUUUUGAAAUUCUUGAUAAAAAUAAUUUGAUUUCUUAUAACGCAAUUCCAAAAAUUCCAAUAUUUGUAUAUCAUGGAACAAAAGAUGGAGUUGUUCCGAUUUCCUAUGCUCAUAAAAUUUUCGAUAAAUGGUGUGAUGAGGGAAUUGAAUCGUUUGAAUUUGCAGAAUCUUUAACUACUGGACAUAUAUUGGAAACUUUUACUGGUGCUGCAGCCGCUUGGACUUGGUUACAAAAACGAUUUGAUGAUGUACCUCCAUAUAAUGGUUGUUUCCAUACAAGAAGACUCACUAAUUUGAAGUACACGGGAGCAUCAAAGAGUAUAAUUGAUUAUUACGAUGGGUUGUUUAAAGAAAGCUUCACUGUGAAGAAUAGUACCUAUCUUGUCUAG